UUUUUCCAGUCGCUCUAAGUCGACCUGGCGGCAAGAGAGAUCCGUCGUAAAACAAAUAACCCUGUUUCGGUCGAUUUUAAGCUGCUACAAGAGCGAAUCAAGAAAUGAACACUAUGGAAAUAGGGGAAACAAAUGUGGUUUGCCUCUCAUCUGAAGCCGUAAGCGAAAAUGCUACUGAGAAUUCGGAAAACAGACACCAGAAACCGGCCAGUUCCGCAGAGGCAGUUUCCUCUGAUCCUGUGGAUACCUCUGUCGCGAAGUGCUUUCUGAAAUGGCGCAAGUACGUCGUUCUCAUCCUUACACCAAUAGUGUUGGCACCUUUGCCCAUAGCAGUUCCAACAUCGGAAGCCCGCUGUGCGUACUGUAUCCUGAUCAUGGCGGUGUACUGGGUGACGGAGGUUGUGGAGUUGGCCGUCACAGCUCUUCUCCCAUUGGUUCUUUUCCCCUUAUUUGGAGUCCUGGGCUCUAAACAAGUCUCCACUCCUUACUUCAAAGACACUAAUGUUCUGUUUUUCGGCGGCCUAGUCGUAGCUGUGGCUGUUGAACAUUGGAACUUGCACAAGCGGAUUGCUCUUCGGGUCCUCUUGCUGGUCGGAACUCAACCACGAAGUUUGAUGCUGGGAUUCAUGUUGACGACAGCUUUUCUGUCCAUGUGGAUCAGCAACACAGCUACCACUGCCAUGAUGGUGCCGAUUGUCGAAGCAGUGCUAGGAGAAAUAAAAAAUGAGAGCAUCAAGAACCAGCUGGAGAGAAAAGAAAAUGACAACAGCCAAACGAACGAGCGGGCUUCUUUCCAACUUGGUGACAUGACUGUAGACAAUGCCAACCAGAUUGAUGAAAAGAAAGACGUCACAUUCCAGGAAGUUGAUAUCGUGAAAGAAAAGAACGACGCGGAUAGCGGAAUCAACUACAAAAAGGAUGAAAGAAUGUCCGCUGUAGAUUUACUGCGAGAGGAUAAAGAUAAUGAAACAGCCGAAGACCAGUAUUACAACAAGCUUUGCAAAGCCAUGAUGUUAGCUGUGGCUUAUGCUGCAAACAUCGGUGGAACAGCCACCUUGACAGGCACUGCGCCCAAUCUGGUAUUUAGUGGACAGGUGAAUAGCCUGUAUCCCACCAGUCCAGGAUUUAGUUUUGCCUCUUGGUUUGGCUACGCUUUUCCUCAAAUGGUUAUUCUGCUGUUUGUAGCCUGGAUCUGGAUUCAAAUAAUGUUUCUCAAAUUUAGCAUCCGUGAAUGCUGCCAUAGGUGCUUCUGUUGCUGUUUCCGUAAGUCACAAAGAUCGCAAGAGAGGAACAAUCAAUCUGCAAAGGCCAUCAAGCAGGUUUUGGCGAAUCAAUACAGAUCACUUGGGCCAAUGUCGUUUGCCGAGAAAGCCGUGCUCGGUCAUUUUAUUUUGUUAGCUUUAUUGUGGCUGUUUCGUGAUCCGAAAUUUAUGAAAGGAUGGGCCAUUUUAUUCAAGAAAGAUUACGUCCGUGACGCCACUGUGGCCAUUUUUAUCUCUUUCUCUUUGUUCGUAUUUCCCUCUCAGAGGCCGGUGUUUUUUGCCCCCGAUCGAUCAGUCAACAAACCGCCACCCGGACUUCUAAAUUUCAAGGAGAUGUCGAGGAAGUUUCCAUGGAAUAUCGUCAUUUUGCUUGGCAGCGGGUUCGCCCUUGCAGACGCUUGUAAGGUGUCUGGUCUAUCCAAGUGGGUUGGUUCCCAGCUGGCACACCUCAACACCAUUCCAGACUAUGCAAUUGUCAUUAUCGUGUGUGUAAUGAUCACCACGUUCACGGAAGUGACCUCGAACACUGCAACGGCCACUAUCUUUCUUCCUAUUCUGGCUUCGUUGGGAGAAGAAAUUGGUGUUCAUCCCUGGUACCUUAUGCUUCCUGCUGCCAUUUCUUGCUCGUUCGCUUUCAUGUUGCCGGUUGCUACACCUCCAAAUGCUAUCGUAUUUUCUGGCGGACAUCUUAAAGUAAAAGAUAUGGCGAAGGCUGGCUUUGGUAUGAACAUCCUCGCUGUCACAGUUCUGGUAAUUUGCAUACAUGUCUACGGAGUUCCAAUGUUUAAUCUAAGUACUUUUCCAAGCUGGGCUGGAGGUAAAAGUGCACUGAGUACCACUGCAACACCGACUGUUGGUGACAAUCUGACGACUUUAUGCCAGAAUUUCACUUCUUCCUAAGAUGACGGCUCACUGGUAAUUUGUAAAACGAUACAUGCAUAAAUGAACUCGAAAUUUGCCCGUAAUCGCUCACUCUCGUUCCCAGAGUCCUCGUUUCUUUAGUUACGUAAAAAAGCGAGUGGCCGCGGGGAUGAAUGGUAAACAGUGACAGUAAAUUUCCUCGUCAUGAGGGCCUUUCCGGGGGGAGGGGAGAGUCAGGUUUCUUUGUUCCCAGAAAUUUUCUAGUAUUUCAAUCCUUUUUAUGGUUAAUUUAUUGAACAAAAUUGAUUUCACAGGAGGGGCUCUGAGCUAAAUCCCCCAGUUUCCAGAAGUUAAAGGUUCCGUGUUUCCUUGACCUCAGGAACUUUUCAAGAAUGAUCAAUAUGUAUUUGUUCAUUCAAUCAUAUAUGUCUAUAAAUGUGACUUCAGCUAGGAGAGGCAUAACUUAAGCCGGAAAGCCCUAAAGUUAUCCUUACCGUUACAUUCUAUAGUAAUAUUUUCAUUUUUUUCUACAAUUGAAUGAUCUUGUUCUUUCAUUUCCCAAACCCCAGGAAGGCCCUCCUCAUAAAUCCAUGGUGACGCAUUUAUCAUUGAUUUUUGGGUGUCCUUUACAUUUUUUUCAAUGGAAGGGUGCAAUUUUUCUUUAUGUGAUAUUUUGGCGCUAGAAAUAUCGCACUUACUCCUGGGUCAAGAUACAUAUUGAGCUGUUAACGCGCAUAAAUGUUGCGACAAUUUACUAUAAACUUUUUCUCUUCAAUUUUAAUCUAAUGGUCCUAAUAUCUCGAUUGUGUACAGAAAUGUCGACCAAAAUGAGUUGAGUAUUUCCAAAGAGGUUAUACUUUCACGUUUAGUCUAAAUUGCUCGUGAUUAUUUUUGAAACAUGUACACAAGUGAACAAUUAGUCUUAAAAUGUAAAUAAAUGAUUUUUCUCAAAAUGGAAAAGCUUUUGCAACACAACACUGAAGUCGUUUCCGUCAAAUGUAAAGCGUGAUUUGCAACGGCACAUCUUUAGGACUCUAUAUACAGAAUUUGUAUGCGCUAGAUGUGAUAAUAAAGUCUUUUUUUAAGUCUCACGA